UUGACGAGUGUGCGAACGCCAAUGGAGGCUGUGAGCACGUCUGUACCAACACUGAGGGCAGCUUCCAGUGUUCCUGUCAUAUCGGACAAACGCUCAAUGGAGACGGCCUAAAUUGCGACGCUUCACAAUCCACCACGUCUCCAACAACAACCCAUGUGUCAAGUACUACAGCACAGGUCAGCACCACGCCUAAAAUUCUGUCAACAGCCAUGGUACCCACCACGUCGACCCAAACAACAACCCCUAGACCCAGCACUACAACAAGGGCUAGCACAACCGCAGCACUGCCAGCAGUGACGACAGCAGCGGCUGCUGUUCCCACAACGUACUCAACAACAACCGUUGGGCCCGGGACUACAGCAGAGGCCAGCACAACUGAAGUCCGGUCAAUAGUGACGACAGCAGGGGCUGCUGUUCCCACCACGUACUCAACAACGACCGUUGGGCCCAGCACAACUGAAGCCCGGUCAACUGUGACGACAGCAGGGGCUUCUACAACGUCCCUGACGACAGCAGCUGCACCAAUGAGUACAGUAGACGUUAUCACAACAGCAGGGGCAGCUGUACCAACUACGUCCCCUACAACGUCCGCUGCACCCACAACUUCAGGGGCCAGUACAACUGCAGUUCGGUCUACACUGACGACAGCCGGGGCUGCUGUGCCCACUACGUCAGCACCAAAAACACUUAGAUACAACACAACUGUGACAACAGAUGUAAGCACAACGGUAAUUCGGUCAGCACCCAUUACGUCUACAGCAACGAACCCUGUACCUAACACUACAGCAGAGACCAACACAAGUGCAGUUCAGUCAACAGUGGGGGCUGCUAUUUCCAGCACAUCUUCACAAGCGCCCCCUGCACUCAACUCUACAGCAGAACACAACAACACGAUGUCUUUGUCUUUGUCAACAACAGCGACUGCUGUGCCGAUUCCGUCUCUAACAACGACCCCUGUGCCCAACUCAACAAAAGAGACCAACUCCACUGUUGUCCGUACUGCUGUACCUAGUACGUCUCUACUAAUGACCCCUGCACCAAACAUCACAGCGGAGGCCAAUGCUACUAAUGUCGUUAAGUCAACGAGCGCGGCUACUGUACCCACAACGCCAGAUAUUGAUGAGUGCAUGACGGGAGCUCAUGUGUGCCUCCGUGACGAACUCUGCUUCAACAGAGAGGGAUCGUACGCCUGCGCCUCGUGCUACCCCAACAUAGCCCUGGUGGGAGGAGGGGCCAACUCUUCGGCUCCUGUCGACAUCAAACGGAGGGUGCCUUUUACUGUGCAAUGUACCGUGUCAGUGGACUGUAACGUAUCCUAUUCCUUCCUUUUCAACUGGUCUUUGUACGCGAUGGAUGAUGGCCUGGCAUCCGUAAAAAUUACCCUUCCUGAGAAUGUUGAAACAGCCGGAUCUGAACUCACCUUACCGAAGAACGUUCUGCCGUACGGGAAGGUCGCCAUCCGGCUGGAGGUCACGGUGGAGGAGACCUUGUCUGGACUCCGCGUCGUGACGUCAGCUGGGCAGUGGGUGAAUGUCUUAUCUUCGGCACUCCUGGCUGAUAUUGACGGUGGUUCAGCAAGGUCCCUAGCCCCAGGAUCCGACAUUGUCCUCGACGGUUCCUUUUCUACAGAUCCAGACACCAUGGUGACAGACUCGGCAGACUUCACCUAUAACUGGACCUGUGUAACAGAAUCAGGAACUUCCUGCGACGACAUGUUUCGCGAUGGAGGAACCAAUCAGUCCUACGUCAUCUCUUCUGAGGACGUCGACACAAGUGCAGGCCGGUUGGUUGUGCAUCUUACCGUGUUGUUCGUGGGCAGAUCCCCUGGGACGACGUUUCAAAUCCUGGAGAUUUUCCCUGUCGGUACUCCAUCUAUAUACAUCAGGUGCUUCAGCAACUGUAACAGGAAAAUCAACCCAUCGGAGAAGCUCGUUCUGGUGUCAGUGUGUACAAACUGCGAGGAGAACGAACUGGUCAGUUACAACUGGACGUUACAGGAAGUUCCCGACGAGUUUGGCAGGUUCGAUUUAAACUGGGACACCGAGAGCACCACGGGAAGGAACCUGCCGGAUGUCGUCAUCAAGCCAGAAGUCCUUACGGCUUUAGGGGACUACACAUUAAGAGUGGAGACGACGCUUGCUGACGGUCGUCAUGGUUUUGCUGAGUACAGUUUUGUACCGAACAAACCACCUGCAGUCGGGAGCUGCACAGUCAGUCCGGAAAACGGCACGGCCAUGGUGACGGAGUUCAUCAUCAGUUGUAGGGGUUUCUCUGACUCAGACGAGCCUCUGACUUACACCUUCCUCUUCAACACGGACGCCGCUACUGGAUUCUCUCCGCUGUACACAGGAACGGAUCCAACCACUCCAUCGCAGCUCUUUCCAGUGGGCCAAGAGUCCAGUGACUUUGUCGUAAGAAUCCUUGUUGAAGUGUCGGAUUCCUUCGGGGCAAUAUCAUAUGUCGAGAGUUCUGUUAAGGUCGUGGCACUUCCAGCAGAACAGUCCACAGCCGUAGCCUCGCAGCUCGUGGUUGGGGAGAACAGUCCUCUAACCCAGCUGGUGCGGGAAGGAGACGCCAAGUCCUUGGUGCAGAUGUCCAACAGCGUCACGUCUGUCUUAAACACGGUCCCGACUAACGCGUCAGCCGAGACACGUAGGGCAGCCACUGAGGUCAGAGAGGCUGUGGUAGCUGCAUUGACGACCAUCAAACCUACAAGCGUGUCGUCUGUGAACCUUGUAGCGAGCGCGCUGGGCUCGGCCACAAGCGGAGGGGACGACGUCUCAGCGGAUGCGCAGAGAGAAUAA